UCGACUUACAUGUCCCUAAACUCCGCAUCUGUCAAAAACGCGCGAGGAUAGAUUUACCGGAUAUUUCUGUUUUUACCAACAAUUUCAUACAUCGAAGUUGCAGUUUCUUAUUUAUUUGCUGUUGAUUUUUGUUUGAAAGUAAUAAUAUGAGUACGCAUAUUCAAUUGGAGCUCCUUGAUGUAGCAGGAAACAUGUUUGAAAAAUAUGAUUCCAUAGAUUUGUCUACACCUGGACUUUUAGAAAUUACUGGAAUUAAUCAGCAUGUAAUGGCUACCGCAAGUGGUCUGAAUGAUUACGAUUACCAAAAUCUUUCAAAUCUUACGAUGGGACACAAACAAAUAAACCAGAUACAAACCAUAAAUAAAAUUCCAAUUCCCCCAGAAAUUCUGGAGCAUUUUAAACAUAUUAAAUGUCACUGCAUGAUGGGUUUGUUUCCGGAAAUUGGAAGGGCAUGGCUAACUAUUGAUUCUGAGAUAUAUAUUUGGACAUACGAACAAAGUCGCGAUGUUGCCUAUUAUGAUGGUCUCAGUCAUUUAAUUGUUAGCGUUGGUUUGGUUAAGCCCAAGGCAGGAGUAUUUAUCAAUGAUGUGAAAUAUCUCUUAAUUUUGACAACGCCUAUAGAAAUAAUAGUCCUUGGAGUUACGUUUGGAGACACAACAAAAACUAUUUCGUCGCCAAUGCGUAAUAUACAAAAUACUGCAACAUUUGAAGAGAUGCAGUUAAUGAGCAAGCCUAUAUUUGUACUAAGCACAGAUAAUGUUUCCAUUAACAUUGUUAUGGGUACGGAAAACGGUCGAAUUUUCCUCGGAGGAAGGGAUGGCUGUUUGUAUGAAAUAUUUUACCAAGCUGAGUCAAGCUGGUUUGGGAAACGCUGCAAAAAAAUUAAUCACUCUCAGGGCAUUGUAUCAUAUAUUGUUCCGAGUUUUCUCAAAGUCUUUUCGGAAAACGACCCAAUCGUCCGCUUGGCUACUGAUAAAAGUCGAAACAUGAUAUAUGUUUUAACAGAAAAGGGUUGCAUUGAAGUUUGGGAUAUAGGACAAGAUUUCAAUUCAAUGCGGCGUUUGACAAGAGUGACUCAAAAUGAAAUUGCUCAAAAUGCGAGUAAUAUAAUUAAAACUAUAGAUCCAGCAGUUUUAAAACCAAUAAAAUCUAUAUGUCCAUUGUCGGUGGAUGAUGAUUACAACCUUAACUUAUUAGCGGUGACCCAAUGUGGCGUUCGAUUAUUUUUUGCUACAACGCCAAUAAGCAACCAAAAUGCAAAUCAAAAUCAUCAAGGCACUCUAGUUACAGCACAAAAUUGUUCCCCUACUAGAAACACAACAGAAUCGACAGCAAAGUUAGGCUCACCGGUGAACCCAAUGCCAUUCGAACAAAAACAGCAAGGUUUGUACUUAUUGCAUGUGCGUCUUCCACCUGGCUAUACUCCGAACACAACAAUAAAUAAGCCUAAACAAGUUCAUUCUGCUCUCUACAAUGAGGGUACACUACUUCUGGUGUCAACUCCUCAGCAAGAUCAAGAUAUUUUAUGGUCAGUAAGUUCCGCUCCCUUCCCAAAACGAGCUCACCUCACGGAGUCUACAACUGUUAUACCUUUGGAUGGAAUUGUUUGGAGCUUGGCUGAAAUACCUAAUCGUUGCAACGCAACUUUAAAAUCCAUUCUUCGUAAAGCUCAAAAACCAAAUAAAGUAGUGCUAUUAACAAAUCAAGGUGCACAUAUCAUAGCAUUACUGAAACCAAUCGAUAUCCUACAACAAUUACUGAUAGCUUGCCAUGGACCCCAUCAUGAGGCCGUCAAGGCAUUCUUCCAGGUUCAGGGAGAGAGAGAGGCAUGUAUUACUGCCUUACUUUUGACUUGUUGUGAACAAUACCGUGGUACUGAUUUGGCUAUGUGGGCUGCCCAAUCCUUUUUAUUGUAUGGCGGAGAACCGACAUUGUCUAAUCAAAUACCGAUAAUCAAUCGAGGAGGCGUGGAUUCGCAGGGUAAUCGUUCCUAUUUGGGAAAAUCCGGCGCUCAGGAAUCCCACCAAAUGCCACAAAUGUUCAUAUCUACCCCCAUGCCAAACGCAGUUGGUGGAAAUGGAGUUAAUCGACUCAUCGAAAAUAGCGCUAUUCAAAGACCCUUUGCGGGAGCACAAUACCCCUUAAGUCCAAUUUACAACCCUUCCUAUUCCGUUGGACCUGGAAUUUCCCCAUUAAAUGACGUGAAUGUGAUUAUAUAUUCUUCUAAACACGAUAGUUUGUAUAUUUAUAUAGCCCGUCUUUUGCGACCGAUUUGGAAAAUACGUUGCGUCGAUGACAAACUCAAUAGCAGAUUAAGUCAGGUCGAUUGCACUGUUAUAUUAGAAGAUCUGUAUGCAGUCAGACAAUUUUUGGAAUAUAACUCCGUUAACGAUCUAUCCUUUACUAUACGUCCUUUACACAACCAACACAGCAUGACUGCAGGCUACAGCGCGUUACCUCGCAUAAGUACCCAAACAAACGAUAUUCAAGCGAAUGCUACUGAACAGGCACAAGCCGAGGAAAAAAGAUCCCUUACAGCCUUGAUAUAUUUUAUAAAACAUGCAUGUGAAGUAUUAGCCUUAUGGAAAAUUUUGUGUGAGCAUCAAUUUCACAUAUUAGCUUCUCAGUUAAUGAAGGAUCAACAGUCUUCAUUAACUACAUGUUCCUUCAGAGAUUUGAUAUUAUCACGCUCAGAGUUGUGUGCUUUCUUAAUUGUUGCACUAAUUAACAGUUACUUGAAAGAUAAUGCGUCAGUUAGUACAAUAUCAUCAAAAUUACGAGAUGUUUGCCCGAAUCUAUACCGUCAUGAGGACGCUGUCUCUUUUAAAGCAACAGAAAUUUUAAUGAAUUCCAAAAAUUGCACUGUUUUGGAAGAAAAACAAGAAAAGUUACGAACAGCAUUGCAGCUGUGCAAAGACGCGGCACCUAAUUUGCCAUUACAAAAUAUAUGCCAGCAGUUUACGCUUUGUGGUUUUUAUGAAGGCGUUAUAGAACUAACAUCGACAUGUGCAUCAAAAAUAGAUCACGAAGAAUAUGGAAUACAUUUUUACUUAAAUGGAGAACCCGAUGAUGACAGGGAAGGUUAUGCAACAUAUGCAGCUCGUUUAAAUUGUUAUAAAGAAGUAAGGCUUAUGCUCGAUCACGUUUAUCAAUCAGUUUGCAACAACAACACCAACCAAGAUAUUUUGAAUAUUUCUUGCACCAAGUCAAAUAUAAACUCAAAUGCGCAAAUUAUGGAAAUUGUUGGUAUGGCAGUGCAAGUGAAAGAUCCGCUUUUACAUGUGUGUGUUUAUGAAUGGUUAUUGGUCCAUGAUAUGCUAUCUGAAUUGUUAUCAUUAGCAGAACAGUCAUUAGGAGAAUUUUUGCGUCGAAAUGUUGUUCGAAAUCCUAAUAAUAUAAAUUUAAUUGACCUCCUUUGGAAGUAUUACGAAAAGAAUGGACAUCAUGCUCAAGCUGCCCGUAUUUUAGAUAACCUUGCAUCAACUGUUGGGGAUGAAAUACCCCUGCAACAAAGAAUCGAGUAUUUGGCCAGAGCUGUGAUGUGCAUGCGCAAUGAUGGAGUUGGAUAUUCAAUUACAAAUGGUGUCUUGCUUAAAGAGUUGGAAGACAAGUUAGAAAUAGCCCGCGUUCAAAAAAAUGUGUUAGAUGCAGUUUCUGAAAAUGCCGCCAAAAAUCCUGAAGCCAUUAAAGCUGCUAACGAACUUAACAAGAGCUUAUUUGAUAUUACACAACUAUAUGAAAAUUAUGCAGAUCGGUUCAGUUUAUGGGAGUGUAAGCUGACCAUUUUAAACUGUUCUCACCACAAUGACCCUUUACUUAUUGAAUCCGUGUGGAGUCAUAUAAUCGAGAAUGUUAUAAAUAGUGCCAACUCAGUACAAGAAAAAGCAACAUGUUUGUUUGCUAAAAUUGAAGCACUUUUUAAAGAGUUUGGGGAGUCUGGACACUGUUUCCCCCUUGCUUUCAUAAUACGUGAAUUAGAAUUAAAGGCAUGUCAGCUUAAGCUCCCUGAGGGUAUAGUGCCUGAGAAAUUGGCAGCACUUAAUAUUGAUCUUGAACUUCUAAUGGAAUACUACUCAAGGCAAUAGAAGACUGCCUUCUACAAGCUGUAGACCAUGGGUCUCGAUUUAGGCCGAUCAUCUCGGGCAACCUCACAGUAGGCAAGGACCGGAUACCACCCAACCAAAGAUAGUAAGUUGAGCCCAGGGGACUCAAAUGGGUUUUGAGAUUUAAUAACCUUCGGGUACACAUCGGGACCAAGAAUUAGACGAUGUGAGCGGACUUGUAGAAUUCGCGAUCUGCUAGUUGCAUCCCAGCAUAGUUGUCCUUUAUUAGGUCUGGAGCAGAUUGCGCAGAUGUGUCCACAUGUCUCAAGGGCAUGCUAAGUGCGGAUACACGGAGCAGCUUCGUCUGGUCGUGACAGGAUUGUAAAGUCAGUUGGCAGAAUAAAUCCUGGCCAACGUUUAAGGAGCUAAGCUGGAGUUAACUAGUCAGCGUGGAGCGAACGUGGAGCACAAGGAUCCAAUAGCGCUCGAACUGGUACUUUUCGGUCCGGAAGAACAAUUUUUACCACCAUUGUCGAGGUCGUAUGGGAACAGCGGCCAAAAAUACUUUCAGUGCAGAUAUCAAUAUGAAUCUUUGGUUAUGGUACCUUGAUGGAAUAAAAAUAAAAAAUGUGACAAAAUGGAUAUGGUCGAGGCAUGUUUUGGCAUGGUCCCCUUACAACGUACCUCCCGAAUAAGGGUUAUUUGUCCACUUUUCGUCACAUUUCUACACUAGAUUGUUCUGUUAUUUGACAUUUUACGUUCUAAAGACCUAAAAAAUAGUCUUACUGAAUUAUUUGGAACGGCCCGCCUUCAGGUAGAGUCCCUCUGUA